GAAGAAGACAAUAUAAGAAGAGUGGAUCAUCUAUCAUAGAACCUUAAAAAAUUAACAACGGACGGAGCAAGCGACCAAAGAAAACGGGGAAAAUGGGGAACAAUAGUUGAAGUGUGGGCGCAGCCACUUGGUGUCGCCAUCAACCUUCCCACUCAGUGGGUGCGCAACUGCGUUCACAUUGCUCAGUCUCAGUCAGUGCCUUACACAAAAGCCACCGUCAACAGUCAACACCUCCCCUUUCCCUUCUCCGUCCAUUUUCUCUCCAUAAACGGAUCUUCGAUUUCUCCUCACAACCACCUUCUCCAGCUCUGUCUUUCACGCAUCCAUCCAUCCAUCCAUGGCUUCUCUCGCCAGGAACGCCGAAGCUUCCCUCUCGAAACUCCUGUCAAGGCCUUGGAACAGAGCUUCUUCUCGCCAUCAGCCGCCGGCCACCGUGUCUGCAACCUUGACGAGGAAGAAGCCCGUCGAGGAUGCGACCCUCGACCUCAACUCGAUUGCUUCGCAAAACUUGGACCACGCUCACGCCCGGAGGCUGGUUCGAUCCGCUUUCACUCAUCUACAGCAGCAGCUCGAUCAUCCUCUCUACAAGCUGGUUCCUCCAGGGAUUCGAACAGAAGAGUGGUAUGAGAUAAACUUUAAGGGACAGGAAGUGUUUUGUAAGAGCUGGAUGCCAAAACCUGGAGUUCGAAUCAAAGGUUCUGUGUGUUUCUGCCAUGGUUAUGGUGAUACAUGCACCUUCUUCUUUGAAGGUAUUGCAAGCCAGAUCGCUUCUUCGGGGUAUGCUGUCUAUGCCGUGGAUCACCCAGGUUUUGGACUCUCUGAAGGAUUGCAUGGUUACAUUCAGAACUUUGAUGACUUAGUAGACAAUGCCUAUGAAAUGUUUGCUAAGAUCAAAGGAAGACCUGAGGUGAGAGGUUUGCCCAGCUUCAUAUUGGGACAGUCCAUGGGUGGUGCUGUUACUAUCAAACUCCAUCUGAAGGAUCCAAGUGAAUGGGAUGGUGUCAUCCUUGUUGCCCCCAUGUGUAGAGUAAGCUCUUUCAUUCUUAUCUAUUUGCAAUUCUACUUCAUCUUAAAUCGGCUUCAUGAAGCAGUCUUCUUCUUUUCUAAGCAACUGAACCAAGUGAGCAAUAAUUAAAACUUACCUUUGGUUCUUGUGGCAUAUUGUAGUACAAUUAAGACUCAUGAACUUUAAGGUAAGCAACUUAGUUUGCAUCAAUUAGGCUUCUUUAGAACCAGCCCACCCGCCACAAGGCUAUUUAGAGUCUUCAUUUAUUUUGCAUCUUGGAAGUUAUGUGCAUGGGAUACUCGCAGUUACUAACCAUUCAAAGUUGUGUCCUGACUACUUGUUUAACGCCUAUUACGAUCUUCUGGCUUCCAUUUACUAUCACAAGCAUUCCUGUUUUAGCUGUGAACACUCUUUAUCUGAUGUACGAAGCGACAAAGUAUCACAUUAUAUACCAAUAUUUGGACCUGAAUGUUAGUCUGACAUGGUAGAGAAAUGCAUUUACCUUACCUUGUCAUACACGUUGGCUCUGAUGUGUAUGGUCUGCAUCUUUCUUGACGGAAAAGUUCCUUGUUAUAACAUUUAAUUAUUAGCUAACCGUGAGUUGUUGCGAAGAUCUCAGAUGAACUCAAGCCUCCGGCACCAGUUUUGAAGGUACUGACCUGCAUGGCUAGCCUCCUACCCAAGGCAAAGCUUAUGCCAGAGAAUGAUUUAGCAGAGCUUGCUUUCAGGGACCCGGUGAAACGGAAAAUGUGCGAUUACAAUGUAAUUAGUUACAGCCAUCGAAUGCGAUUGAAAACAGCUGUGGAGCUGCUCAAGGCUACUGAAGAGAUUGAGGCUCAAGUUCACCAGGUUUCGGCUCCAUUGCUGAUUCUACAUGGCGCUGCCGAUAAAGUCACGGAUCCAACUGUUAGCCAGUUUCUGUACGAGAAUGCAGCCAGCGAGGACAAGACGCUGAAGCUCUAUGAAGGUGGGUUUCACUCCAUUCUUGAAGGGGAACCCGAUGAUAGGAUCUUCGCCGUGUUUGUUGAUAUCAUGACGUGGCUCGAUUCCAGAUCUUCUUCAGCUUGACCAAAACAAAAGAUCCGGUGCGCAUUCGAGGCAUUAAGAAUGUAAUUUUUUUUUGUGAACUUGUAAGCUGUCUCUGCAAUUGUAAUAGAUUGUUAUUUGGAUUUUCAUCAAUGUAAUCAUAAAUUGUGCUAAACAAUACUAAUCCUAAUAUUUUUAGCAGUAAUAACUCCAAAUAACAUAA